AUGACCGGCAAGACUCGAGAAGAGGUGCAUUCUGAACUGUUCAGUGCUGGGGUCACUGGUGACAAACUGGAAUCACUGAGUCUUCACAAGAGCUUCAAGGGGAAUAAACCAACAAACUCGAUCAUUUUUACUCGUCUCACUCCCUACAUGUUGGGCGCGUUGGUAGCCAUGUACGAACAUAAAAUCUUCGUCCAGGGCGUUAUUUGGGAUAUCAAUUCGUACGAUCAGUGGGGUGUGGAACUGGGAAAAGUGUUGGCAAAGAAAAUUCAGCCGGAAUUGAAGGCUCCAGGCGCGGUGACUACUCACGAUUCAUCCACUAACGGCCUGAUCAAUUAUAUCAAAGAGGAACGCAAAUGA